CCGAGUACUACCACUUUUAGACACCGGCGCCGUGGCGCGAAGCGACACUGAUGGAGGACAAGACGCGUCUUCCGACUCUGCCGCCGCGACGGCUCACGACGACGCCGUCCGAUCGCCGGCUGAGCGACGCGACACCGCUGACAGAGUCCUUGGCACUGCCAGUGACCACCGUUCGACUCGACCAGAGCAACCCGCUCAAACGGCGUAGCUUCCUCGACCACCGCGUCGAGUUGGCGUCGCAGCGCAAGUCCAAAGUCUCCACCGAGAACGGCAGUCGGUCGCGUCGGCUCAUCGAGUCGUCCAAGGUCACGCCGAGCUACCUCGGCGGCGCGGGCCAGCCCGGCUACUCGGGGACCAUGCACCGCUACUCGCUUCGGUUCGCCAACCUCCAUUUAGAAGACAUCUUUUGCCGUCAUUACCGACACUAUGUGCUCGGGAAGGUGCGCAGCGCUUGCAUCUUUUCGAUCGUAUUGCACCUUCUCAUGGGCGUCGUCGAGUUCAGCUUUGGGUACACGACCAACCACGCGGCCCAAACCGGGCUCCUUCUCAUCCGCGCCGCCGCCAUCGCUCUCACGUUCGUGUUUCGCCACUUGACGUUCCGGCCGUGGUUUAGCCUCCGCUUCGAUACCGCGAUGGUCACAUAUUAUCUCGUCCUCGGCCUUCUCCUGCUUGGCACGAGCGUCGUUGUGCAAGUCGCGUCCAACGGCAGCGACGACACGUCGCUCUACUUUUUCUACGCGGGUCGGUGGUCCCAAGCCUCGUCGCUCCUCUUCAUCGCGAUGCUCUUUCACUCGACCGGGCUCAUGUUUCGAGCCGCUUGCCUCUGUGCGUGGCUACACACGCUGCUCAUGCUCAUAGUACCCUUCACCAUCUACUCUUCCAACGCAGCGAUCUGGGACCCGCAGAUCGCAUUUGGCCCAGUCUUGACGGCCUUUUGUAUGGUCUCCACGUACCACAACGAACGUCAUGUUCGGCUCGAAUUUGUCUUGCGCUACAACGUCGCCGACGACCGCAAGCGGCGCGACGACCUCCUCGAGACCAUGCUCCCCGCGCACAUUAAGGAGAAUCUCAAGGCGAAUCGCACCGACGGUCUCGCCGAGCAGUACGACGAGGUGUCGAUCCUCUUUUGCUACGUGAGUGACUUUGGCCGGCUGUCCAAAACGACGCCGGCGAUCGAGCUUGUGAAGCUUAUGAACCGCAUCUUCUUUUGCUUUGACAAAGCCACGGACGCUCGGGGCGUCUACAAGGUCGAAGCUAUCGCGGAAACGUACAUGUGCGCGGCGGGCGUGCCCGUGAAGGACCCGUUUCAUCACGAGCGCAUCGCGGACAUGGCGCUCAUGAUGAUGUACAUCCAGCAGCAAGAGCGCUGGACGUGCCAAGGCGAGGAGAUCCACCUCAAGAUCGGGAUUCACAGCGGCCCGGUGGUCGCCGGCGUCAUUGGCAGCAAAACGUACAGCUACCACCUCUUUGGCGACACAGUCAACACGUCGUCGCGCGUCUGCUCGUCGUGUCUACCAGGCAAAAUCCAAAUCAGCGCCCAAACGUACGAGCUUCUCAUGCGGUCCGGUGGCUACGACAUUACGCCCCGCGGCAAAGUCGCGCUCAAGGGCAAAGGCGAGCUCAUGCUGUACUGGCUCAACCGCAAGGUCGCGCGGCCAUGUCACGGCAUGGCGGGGCUCUCCGAUGCGUUCGAUGUGGCCGAGGACAGGGCUAUCACCACACAGCUGCAUCGCAUGUCGUCCGUGAACGCGACCAAACUGGCUCCGACGACGACCGCGGUCGCCACCGACGCCCUCCAAAUGCACCGAAUGACGCUGGCGUUCCAGCUCAAGCCCGGUGUCGAGAUUCCCAAGCGACUCGGUGGCGCGUACGCCUCAAACAUGGAGAGCUCAUUCAUGGUCAAGUACAACAUCAACAACAUGGGCCAAUUCCGAGCCGCGCUACGGGUCGGUGUCGUCGUCCUCGCCUUGACCACUGUGUUUGAGAUGCUGACACUGGCGAAAAACCUCGAGCUCUCUGAGAGUGUACGCUCGUCCGUGCUCGCGCUCAACGUCACGGCUGUCCUCGUGCUCGUGCUCGUCUUGGCGUAUAGCUACACCACGUUCUUUCUCCUCCACAUGCAGCAAGUCGCGGGGGGCGCGGUCGUCGUCGUUAUUUCGCUUCUCAACUUGAACCUGCUCUUGCAGCCAACGCGCAAUUUCCUCACCGCCAACGUCAUCUACAUUGUGUCUGGGAGUCUCCUCCUCCGCUUUCGCUUUACGAUUGCGAUGCUGGUCAAUAUCUUCAAUAUUGUCGUGUAUCUCGUGCUCGUCGCGGUCAUUGGCGCCGGCGUUGCCAACAUUGUCGGCUACCUCGUCGUUACGGGCUUUUCGUUCAGCAUUGGCCAAGUCGCUUGCUACAAGCGCGAGAUUGGCCUGCGCAUGGACUUUUUACUCAAACACACGCUCAACGCCGAGAAGCGCAAAUGCGAAGAACUGCUUGCAAACAUGCUCCCGAGCCAGCAGUACGCCGAGGCGCUUUUACUCCAAGGCACCAUUGUCGACGAGCUCGAAGAAGUCACGCUCCUCUACUCGGACAUGGUGGGCUUCACCGCGCUCAGUGCCACCCUCAAGCCCGUCGAGUCGUGUCUCUUUCUCAACAAAGUCUACUCGGCCUUUGACAAGCACCUCGAUGCGUUUGGCGUGUACAAGAUGGACACGGUCGGUGAUGCUUUUAUUGUCAUUGGCGGACUGCCCAACUACAAGAGCGAAAAGUCCCAUGCGAUCGCCAUUACCGCAUUUGCGAUCGAAAUGCUCCGCGAAAUGGAGGCCUUUCGGAAAUCCGAGAACGUCAACUUGCAGAUGCGCAUUGGCAUUCACAGCGGCAAGGUCGUGGGCGGCGUCGUCGGUAUCAAGAAGCCGCGCUAUCUCAUUUGGGGCAGCCAGACCGUCGUCGCCAACGCCAUGGAGUCUAAGAGCUUGCCCGGGCACAUUCAGAUCUCAGCGGCCACGCACGCCAAACUCGCAUCUUGCGACGAAUUCAAGUUUAUUCCGCGCGGCGCCGUGGCCAUUGACGACUCGCAGUCGAUCGAAACGUAUUUUUUGGACAUGGCCAAAGCGCCGGCCAAAACAACGAUUCUCAACAAGUAUUUCAACGCACUGGGCGCACGGCGCGUGACGACGCGCCGAACAACGAGCGAACGCCAGCUCACCGACACGCUUCAGAAAGCAAAGGAGUCGAACCCGUUCUUUCACCAACUGGAUCAGCCGGUCGAGGGCAUCCGCAUGGCCGACGCAAUCACCGCCAUGCUCAACCGAUCGCGCACGAGCUCUGCGAUCAGCGCUGCAAGCACACCCAAGCUGGCGAUUUAG